GUGUUUCCACAGAGAGGCUCAUCAUUCAUUCUCCAGCUCAUCAAAGAGGGAGACAGUAUUAGCAACGGGAGAGCAGCUGAGAGGCUGCCGCUAAGGGAUCAGCUAUGCUCCGAAGCAUCCACACAGAUUUGUUGGUCACAGUGACUCUAAUCUUUUUAACUCAGACUGGGACUCCGAUCAGGGCUGAAAAUGAUUUUUCAUUAGUUACUUUACCAGAAAGGAGAGAAAAUUCAGAGUAUGUUUCAGAAUGUUUCUACGACAGGCACAACAAUUACUUUUGUGACUGGACAAGAAAUCAACAAACAACAGGAGAUGAUGCAGUUAAUACUUUAGAGAGUGGUCCAUUGGGAAUGGAGGGGGAGGCCUGUCUGGAGUUCUGGUACCUAGCUGGCUCAGAUGUCCGGGCUUUGUUAAAAAGCAGCCUUGGUGAGGUUGAAAUCUGGUCAUCACCUGCAUUAACAGAGGAGACUUGGAGACGCGUGUUUGUUCCCUUGAACGUCACCGAAGCAGGGACUCAGGUUGUAUUCAAGACGGUUCAAGCAGCUUCCAUGGAAGGACAAGUCACACUUAAACAGAUAGGUGUGAGGAGAGGCUCAUGUGGACCACAGUGUGAAUCCAACACAGAGUUAUGGACAGAUGAGUCCACUCGCUGCCUUUGCUCUGAUGGCCAGCUCUCCUGCUCGCUCUCUCAGUGCCCUCAGGGCCAAAUCUGUGGCCCUCAAAGAGGAGGCUCCACUGGGAUUUUCGCCUCUGGGACAUGCACGAUACAUAGUGACACAGACUGCAGCACUUUUGAUGGAGUGCUGUUCCGCUUCAUGGCUCCCUGCUCCUAUGUACUGGUUAAGAGCUGCUCACCCAGCGAGGCCCCGCCUGCGUUCAUUGUGGAAGUGGUCAAUGAGCAAAACGGGAACUCAUCUCUCUCGACUGUACAGCGGGUUGUUGUGGUCGUGGGGCACCACAGAAUUUCCCUGAUGAAGAAGAUAACGCGCUGGGUUGUGGUCAAUGGAGUCUGGCAGAAGCUUCCACUGAACAUCCACAAUGUCCACAUCAAGAGUAACCCCGCUGCUGUGUCACUGAGAACAGACUUUGGCCUUUCAGUUUCAUACGACAGCGCUGGUGCAGUCCACGUCAAGCUGCCAACCAAGUACUCUGAUAAAGUCUGUGGCUUGUGUGGAAACUUUAACCAGCUCGAAGAAGAUGACUUCAGAACGCCUAGUGGGUCAAACGCAAGAGAUGCGACAGCUUUGGCUGAGAGUUGGCAGACGAGGGAAACCAGCUCCUCGUGUGAAACCAUGCUGGUACCACAUCAGUGUGACCCACUGGAGGAGGCGGAGUAUGCCAGUGAGCUUUACUGUGGAGGCCUCCUCUCGAGUGCUGGGCCCUUUUCCAACUGCCUGUCAGUGGUGAGGGCAGAGAGCUACUUCAGGGGCUGUGUCGUCGGCAUGUGCUCUACUCACGGUGACCCUGGAGUACUGUGUGAGACUUUAAAGGUCUAUGCUGAUAUCUGCCAAGAGGCUGGAGUGGCAGUACCUCUCUGGAGGAACUCUUCAUCCUGCUCCCUUCAGUGUGGUGAGAACAGCCAUUAUAACUCUUGUGCUGAUGGCUGUCCAGAUGUGUGCUCCAGCUUGGAUAUAGUUGGCUCCUGUGGAAGCUGUGUAGAGAGGUGUGAUUGCGACCCAGGCUACAAACUCGAUGGAGGAAAGUGUGUCCCAGCAGAGGGCUGUGGGUGCUGGUAUGAAGGAAAACACUAUGAGAAAGGAGAAACAUUAAUGGAAGGAGAGUGUGUGCAGCAAUGCAAGUGCAUGGGGAGUAAUGAGUUGGAGUGCAAAGCAAUGCGGUGCGCAGACAAUGAGGUCUGCAAGGUCAAGGAUGGAGUCAAAGGUUGCUUUGCUUUCCAUCCUGUCACCUGCAGUGUGUAUGGGGAUCCACAUUAUAUCACCUUUGAUGGGUUGGCCUACGAUUUUCAAGGAGGUUGCAGUUACACGCUGAUGACAACAUGCGGAAGAGAAAGCACAGUCCAGUUCACUGUAAUCGGACACAACAUGCAUCCCGCCCUUCUGAACUUCACCCGGUCCAAGCUGCAAGCUGUGUCUCUUCAGGUCGAUGAUCUAUACCUCAACCUGAAUAUGAGUGGAGAAGUCUAUGUGAAAAACAACCCUGUUGGAAUCCCCUAUUUCACCAAUGGCACAUAUGGCUCAGUAUGGGUUAAUAUGUGGAAUAACUAUAUUAUCUUGGAGUCAACCUUUGGCCUCAGGAUUAUGAUCGAUGGGGAGAACAGGCUGUUCCUGCAAGUGGAUGACCGCUACAAGUAUGAACUGUGUGGACUGUGUGGCACCUACUCUGAACACCAGGAUGAUGACUUUGUAAAACCAGGAGGCCAAAAUGCUACUGGGCCAUUUGAGUUUGGUGACAGCUGGAGGCUUCCAGGCAGUGAUGAGUGUGUGGCUCAACCUAAUAAUCCAAGAGUCUGUGAUUAUGAAGAGGAGAAUGAAGCAUACAAUGAGUGUUUCACACUAGUAGGGGAGCCCUUCAAGCCCUGCCAUGAAAGAAUUCACCCAAGCAUCUACCUUAAUAGUUGCGUCUACGACUACUGUGACACAAGUGGUGACCAAAACACCCUAUGCGAAUCUCUAAAGUCCUAUGCUGCAGCAUGUGAGGUUGCAGGAGUGGAGCUGCUCAACUGGCAGAUGGACACUGCCUGUGCUGACCCCCCAACCACUGCAACACCUCCAACAAUUCCAACUGCUUCCUCUCCAACACCAGAUCAGACUUUGUGUCCCAUGAAUUGCGACUUUGAAAAAAAUAUGUGUGGAUGGGAACAGCUUAUACAGGACAGUUUUGAUUGGACAAGAAAUUCAGGAUCCACACCAUCAGAUCAAACAGGUCCAAACCAAGACCACACCACUGGAGCUGGUUCCUACAUGUAUAUUGAGGGGAAUAGUGCGACACAUGGAGAUUCAGCUCGUCUGAUAAGCUCAACGUGCCAUUUUAAUGGCCCACUCUGCCUACACUUCUGGUACCAUAUGUAUGGUUCAUCUUCAGCCAUGGCCCUCAAUAUCUUCCUGCUCAAAGGCAAUAAGGCCACCAAGCUUUGGUCACUGAUGAACAACCAGGGACCAGAAUGGCAUCCAGUAAAUGUUGAUAUUGAAGUGUCUGGUCCGUUCCAGAUCAUAGUGGAGGCAAUUCGAGGCUCUAAUGAUCAGUCAGAUGUGGCCAUUGAUGACAUUUCCAUCCACUUUGGCUCUUGCAAAGGCAUCUUCCCUGACCUGGUUAGUGGAACCAUACUUCCUUCCACAAUUGCAGAAAUACUCCCUUCACACACACGUAAGUCCACAGGAAGCAAUAUUUUAUGGGCCACUUGUUUCUGCAUUAGAAGCUGGAGUCUGCCUUUUGCCUUUUCCCUUAUAGUCUGCAGUCUUGACUGCAGCUUUGACAGCAACCUUUGUAGCUGGAGUCAGAUGAUCACAGACGCUUUUGACUGGACAUGGAACAGUGGUUCUACCCCCACCCUAAUGACUGGGCCCUCUGCUGAUCACACUGGUGAUGGCCACUAUCUUUACAUUGAGGCCAGCAGCGUGACACAUGGAGACACAGCUCGUCUUAUCAGUUCUGAGUGUUCUGACUCUGGUCCUCAGUGUCUGCAGUUCUGGUACCAUAUGCAUGGUUCUGCAGACACAAUGGGCCUCCAUGUCUACUUGCUCCAGGAUAGAUUAGCCAAUGCUGUUUGGUGGAAGAGGAAUGAUCAAGGAAAUAUGUGGCAACUGGCUCAAGUGGACUUCACAACAACUGGAGCCUUCAAGAUCAUCAUUGAAGGACGUAGAGGCUCCAAUGAAGAGUCUGAUGUUGCUAUUGAUGAUGUGAUGCUUCAUCGUGGUCGGUGCACUGAUCUGAAUGAUGUUGUGACAAAUCCUCCUGUACCAGAGGGAAACACCACAGCCCCUGCACCAACCUCCGCUCCAGAGCCUCCUCUAGUCUCCUCAACUGUUAAACCUGUCACCUUACCUCCCAUAGUAGAAGCAACAACCCACUUAGUUACUGUUAACAAUGUUACUGAUGAUUCAGAUAAUGGAUCUCUUCCACAACCAGUAUGCCAGCUCCACUGUAAUUUUGAACAAGACAUAUGUCAGUGGAAACAACUUCUUGCUGAUGUUUUUGACUGGACUAGACAUAGUGGCGCCACUCCUACUACGAUGACUGGGCCUUCCUCGGAUCACACCACAGGAGAUGGCCACUACCUAUACAUUGAAGCCAACGGGGUGUCACAUGGAGACACAGCUCGUCUCAUUAGUUCUGAGUGUGUUAACUCUGGUCCUCAGUGUCUGCAGUUCUGGUAUCAUAUGUAUGGUUCAGCCGAUACAAUGGGCCUCCAUGUCUACUUGCUCCAGGAUAGAUUAGCCAAUGCUGUUUGGUGGAAGAGGAAUGACCAAGGAAAUAAUUGGCACCUGGCUGAGGUGGACUUAACAACAACUGGAGCAUUCCAGAUCAUUUUUGAGGGUCGAAGAGGCUCUAAUGAUCAGUCUGAUGUGGCUAUUGAUGAUGUGUCUCUUCAUUAUGGCCAUUGUGCAGACCUGGCUAAGCCUGUUACCCCUGCUCCCACAAUAUUUGAGACCCCAGCAACAGAAGGUCCAGAGCUUCCUUUUGUGAACAGCACAACUGCUACACAGCCACAGACAUCAACGACCCAACAACCUUCAACAAAUCAAAGUACAGCUAAGCCCCAACCAACAACAGAGAACCCACAACUUGAAACUUCAUUGCAACCAAAACCUGAAAACACAGAACAACCCCAAACAACAGCAUGGACAGAUCAGCCAGCUACAUCAACGAAUGAAUCCCAAACCACAGCUAGACCCCCCCCAGUAACAACAGAGUACCCAGCACUUGAAACUUCAGAGCAACCAAAUCCUGAAAUUACGGAAAGACCAGACUCUACAGAUGGACCUGUAAAUCAAACACAGACACAAGCAACUGCUCAGCCACAGCAACCAACAACUGUGAGACCUCAACCUCCAACCUCAGUUAAUCCACAACCUCCAAGCACAGCUCAGCCACAACCAACCACAACAGCUCAGCCCCAGCCACCUACAACAACUCAACCACCAACAACAGCACAGCCACAGCCACCAACAACACAAUCACCAACAACAGCACAGCCAGAAGCACCAACAACUGUGAGACCACAACCUCCAACUACAGGUGGACCUCAACCUCAAACCUCGGUAAAACCACAACCUCCAACCACAGCUCAGCCACAGCCACCAACAACAACUCAACCACCAACAACAGCACAGCCACAGCCACCAACAACACAAUCACCAACAACAGCACAGCCAGAAGCACCAACAACUGUGAGACCACAACCUCCAACUACAGGUGGACCUCAACCUCAAACCUCGGUUAAACCACAACCUCCAACAACAGUUAAACCACAGCCCCCAACAACAGAAGGACCCCAACCUCCAACAACAGCUCACCCACAAACCACAGUUAGACCCCAACCAUCAACCACAGCUCAACCGAAACCCCCAACAACAGCUCAGCCACAGCCACCAACAUCAGUGAAACCUGAACCUCCAACAACAGAUAAGCCACACCCACCAACAACAGUGAAACCACAACCGCCAACAACAGGUGGACCUCAACCUCAAACCUCGGUAAAACCUGAACCUCCAACCACAGCUCAGCCACAGCCACCAACAAUGAAACCACAACCGCCAACAACAGGUGGACCUCAACCUCAAACCUCGGUAAAACCUGAACCUCCAACCACAGCUCAGCCACAGCCACCAACAACAGUUAAACCACAGCCCCCAACAACAGCUCACCCACAGCCCCCAACAACAGCUCACCCACAAACCACAGCUCACCCACAGCCCCCAACAACAGCUCACCCACAAACCACAGCUCAGCCACAGCCACCAACAACAGUUAGACCCCAACCUCCAACCACAGCUCAACCGCAACCUCCAACAACAGCUCAGCCUCAGCCCCCAAUAACAGCUCACCCACAAACCACAGCUCAGCCACAGCCACCAACAACAGUUAGACCCCAACCUCCAACCACAGCUCAACCGCAACCUCCAACAACAGCUCAGCCUCAGCCCCCAAUAACAGAUGGAUCAAAACCUUCAACAACUAGUAAACCAAAUCUCACAACAAGUAAACCAGGGAUUCACACGACAGCUUCAUCACAAUCAACGACAACAACCAGACCAUCAAAUACACCUGUACCAACCCCCUCUUGCCCUGAGGAUAGCCAUUACACUACUUGUGUCCCAUCCUGCAGUCCAACUUGUUCAUACCUGAAUGGGCCACCACACUGCAGUGAAAAUGAGGGUUGUGUGCAGGGAUGUGUAUGUGAUGAUGGAUUCGUGCAGAAAGGCAGGGUUUGUGUGCCAAUCCAACUGUGUGGAUGUGUUGACAGGAAUGGCACCAAACGCCAGUUCAAUGAAGUAUGGUACACAAGUCACUGCAGUGAAAAAUGUAAAUGCAAGAAAGACAAUGGUGUGGGGAGAAUUGAAUGUGAUGACAAGGACGAGUGCGAUGGAAAUGCUGUUUGCCUUCCAAACGAGAAUGACGAUUAUUACUGCCAGUCAACAGGCUUCAGUGAGUGUUCUAUCAAAGGAGACCCUGAGUACAGAACCUUUGACAGGUUUAAGCAUGACUUUGAAGGAAGGCACUCAUACGUGCUUAUCCAGACCAAGAACUUGCCAAAUAACCUUCAAGAAGUCUACAUCCAGGGCAUUAAUAGACGCACAGAGGAUGAAGAUGAUAGUCAUCAUCAUGAUGACAGUCAUCAUCAUGAUGACAGUAGCAGUGAAGAAGACAACAGCCACAGAAUCAGGGAUGAAGACGAGGAUGAUGAUGAUGAUGACAAGGAUAAAGAUGACUCCCAUAAUGAUGAAAGUGAGGAAGAUGAUGAACAAAGCGGUUUAAGAGAGCUUAAAAUCAGAGUGUACAAUCACACUGUAGAGUUCAAGAAGAAGCGGAAGUUGACUAUGGAUGGAAAGAGAACCAACACUCCUGUAUCACUUCCUGGUCUCAGCAUUUGGCAGCAUUCCUCUCGCAUCUACCUGAAGACUGACUUUGGCCUUUCAGUGGAGUUCGAUGGACAAAGUGAAGCAGAGAUCAUUCUACCCAACACAUAUAAAAGGAAGGUGGGGGGCCUGUGUGGGAACUUUGAUGGCAGAAAGCAGAAUGACCUGAUGAUGCCGGAUGGCACCAGGGCAAGGGACGUUCAAGAGUUUGGCGAGAGCUGGAGAGUUUGAAUAUCAGAUAGCUCUUGUGUUGAAACUCCGCACUAAAACAAAUGGGCUGGUUUGAGCACUUGAAGAAACAAUACUGAAGAAUUUUACUAUGAAAUGCACAGUGAUGGAAUCUAUUACUUAAAAUAAUAAGAACAGACAUAUGCAUGCAUAUUUCACUUUAUUCAAGACAACUUAACCCCCAGCGCUUAGACAAAAGAUAUAUCAGUGGAAAGACAUACCUCUCUAAUGUAAUCACAUUAUUCAAGGAUUUUAAUUGUUUCAACUAGAGUCUGUUUUGUAGUUUUCAAGUAAAUUUAGAAAAAGUUACUUAUCUCUUUGUGUAUAGAGUCUUUGUCUUUUUAAAGAUACUUUGCACUCUGAGCAUAAACUGUAUCUUCGGUACAGUUUGUGUCUGUGCCAUAAAUACUAUUUAUUCAAUAGAUGAUUUUAUUACUGUUGUGAAUACACUGCAUGUCUGUUUUACAAAGUAAUGGCCGUGUUGAGAUUAAAUAAAUGUUUCACUGUGUUAAGAGAAAGAUAAUUCAUGACAAUGAAGGAUUUUCUAUCCCUAUCUAAACUAGUCGGAAAUACAUUCAAUGUGCAAUAAACAAGUAAUCAAGA